AGUUGUUGGCAACGUUGUACUUUUAGCGUCAAAAUGGAACUCGACGGAAAAUAAUAUUAACGAGGACAUAUUCCGUCCGUAAAAAAAAAAAAAAUGACUGGAAGUACCAGCAGUAACAGUAGCAACAAUGAUGGUUAUGCAGAUAAGAUUGUUCAGGUGGCAAAUGUCGCCCCUCAGGCCAACAAAGAGCAGAUGCAAACAUUAUUUGGAAUAAUUGGGAAGAUCGAAGAUCUCAGACUUUACCCAACUUUACGGGACUUAAGCGCUCCAGUUCAGCUUCGUAUAUGUUUUGUGAAAUAUGCAGAUCCUAAUGAUGUGCCAGUAGCACUUCAUUUGAGCAAUACAGUUUUUAUUGACAGAGCUGUAAGUGUGACUCUUUACCAUGGAAAUGAACUUCCCGAUGAAGCAAAAGGUGUAGAAAUUCUGAACUCAUCAAGUGGUUUUGGGUCAAGUGAGCCUAAGCUUCCGGCUACUCUUACUAAUCAGAUUGAAGGCAACCCACCUCAUCAAGUUAUUCGUACUCUGGAUCCAAGAUUAUCCAUUCACAAUUUGCCAAAUUACCCCUUACUACCUGCCUCGACAGAUAGCCGACGGUUGGAGGAGAUUCGUCGAACCGUUGUCGCCAUCAACCUAGACCCUUCGCGUUCAGCCAAACAAGUCAUCGACUUCUUUUCUUCUGCCGGUGAAGUCAAAUAUUUCCGACUUUGCACGAAGCAAGGGGAUGAUAUCCAGUACGCAAUGAUAGAAUUCGUUGAACAAGAAUCUGUUGUCCCUGCCUUGAAACUAAACAACAAACAGUUUGGGGACAACAUCAUAAAAGUUCAUCAUUCCACACAGUCUAUUAUAAAACCCGUGCAGCAAACGAAAUCCAAUGAAGCUGCUCAGAAAGAAAUAGAAGAAGCCGUCAACCGUGUUAAGGAGGCCCAACAGUUGAUUCCCGUUCCCUUGUCUCAAGAAGACGUAACUGAAAAAGAGAAGGAAAAAGAAAAGGUUAUUAUGGAAGUCGAAAAGGAAAAGCCGAAAAUUGUUGAAAAAGAGAAGGAAAAAGUAAAAGAGAAAGAAAAGGAAAAGGAAAAAGAGAAGAGUUCAAAGCGAAGUCGCACACGUAGCAAAAGCCGUUCUCGAUCAAGGCACCGGUCAUCUUCCCGCUCACGACGUCGUCGCUCGCGCUCUAAAUCGCGGGAGCGUAGGAAGAGAUCUCGCUCACGUUCACGUAGGCGGACACGCUCACGAUCAAAAUCAAAAGAACGACGAAAGAGAUCACGCAGCCGAGAGAAGAAACGAUCCCGAAGCCGCGAUCGUCGUCGCCGUAGCCGUUCUCGUUCACGUUCAAGGAAGGAGAAGAGUCCACGUCCGACAAGGGAGCGUCGUGAACGGUCACCGAAGGAAAGGACAAAAGACAAGGAUAGAGACAAAUCCCAUAAGGACAAAGACAAGGAUAGGGACAGAGACAAGGAGAAAACACGCGACAAGGACAAGAGUCGGGACAAAGACAAGAAAGAUCGUGAAAAGAAGGAAAAGAAAAGAGACAAGAAGGAAAAAGAGCGAGAACGUGAAAAGGAGAGAGAAAGGAAACCGAAAAGUCCAGCUAGCAAAGAAGAUUCAUCCACCGACGAAAAAGAAAUCAGUGAACGUAACAGUGCUCGACGAUCUACUCCUCCAUCACCUCCACCAUCGAAAAGUAAGAGUCGACGUCGCUCAAAAUCGGGUAGUCGAGGCCGCUCGCGCUAAGUAGGGCGCACUUCAUGUCUUUUUUUUUUAAAUGAGAUAAAUAACCUCUUUGUCUAGAAUCCAUUUGGAAUUUCAUCAAUAAACUCAUUCAACCCUUA